UUGAUCUGGACUAACUACAGCCUCUAGGAUAUACAAAUUUGCCCUAAUCGGGUGAAGAUCACCUUGUGCCUAGCUUGCAGUCCCGUCUGAAUAUUGUUCCCUCUCCACUCGACUGCUCCAGUGACGGUGGCGAAAAGAAUUGUGUGUGUGUGUGCGCGUAUAUGUGAGUGUGUAUAUGUGUGUGUUUGUCUGUGUAUGUGAGGGAGAAGGAGAGAGCAGGGAUACGGCCUCUUAGCUCAACUCCAUUUCCCCAGUGAGACGAUACCAAGGAAAGGGGGGAAAUAGCUAUCAGCCAUUGCAAACGGAGGAUUGUUAUUUUUUUUUCUCUGUCGCCACCCCCCUCCAGUCUAAAAAGGAAAGAUUGCGGAACAUUUCUCGCUUCGCUGGGCGAUGGAUCAGACGUACGGGGAGGUCAACCAGCUGGGGGGCGUCUUUGUGAACGGGAGACCCCUGCCCAACGCCAUCCGCUUGCGGAUAGUGGAGCUGGCUCAACUGGGCAUUCGGCCGUGUGAUAUCAGCCGUCAGCUCCGGGUCUCCCACGGCUGCGUGAGCAAAAUCUUGGCCCGUUACAACGAGACGGGCUCUAUCCUGCCGGGAGCUAUAGGAGGUAGCAAGCCCAGGGUCACCACCCCAACCGUGGUGAAGUACAUAAGGGAAUACAAACAGGGAGACCCGGGGAUCUUCGCCUGGGAGAUUCGGGACCGGCUGCUGGCGGACGCAGUCUGUGACAAGUACAAUGUGCCCUCGGUCAGCUCCAUUAGCAGGAUCCUCCGCAACAAGAUCGGCAACCUGUCGACCUCUGGUCACUACGAAGCCCACAAGCAACUGACCCCCCAGCCCGCCCUGCCUUACAACCCUCUGUACCAGUACUCCUACCCCGGGCACAUGCCCCCGGCCGCUGCCAAGGUGGGCAGCUCCGCCGGCGUCCCAGUGCCCGGCCACAUUGGCAUCCACAGGACCUGGCCGUCCGCUCACUCCGUCUCCAACAUCCUCGGGCUCAGAAGCAUCGUCGAGCAAACAGCUGUUCACGGUGGAACGGAGACUUCAGUUUAUCAAACCAAAAUGGAAGACUGGAAUAACGCCAAUCGAGCAGCUUUCUCGUCAACUCAAAGCGUCAACGGGAUUGAGAAACAGGCAAUAGACCCGGAUCUGAAGUACCCUCAGCCUCCGUCUGGGCUGCCAGCUGUGAGCAGUUUUGUUCCCGCUUGCGCCGUGGGCCCUUACCCCUCUUCGAACCAAGUGCCAGGUUAUGGAGUGUACAGUGGGCCCGGAGCAGGCUACAUGAGUGGUCAUCACUGGCAGUCCCAGAGCAGCAGCCUCUCUCAAUCGGCAGGGCCCGGGAUUACCAUGCACGGAGGAGACAUCCACGCACCAAUGCCCUUCAAACACCUCUCAGCCAGAGAAGCAGCAGAGAGAAAACCCGUGAGCCCCGUUAAUAAAGCCACUGAAACUCUUAGCAGCGCGCACGGCCUCUCAAUCCCAGCCUCCAGCACGUAAAAGACUCUUCCCCCCACCCCAGACACACAACUCCGAGCGUAACACAAGCGAUGGUACCAAAUUCAAGAAACUAAAGGAGUUCCGCAGGAGAUCGAAUGAAUGAUAAGGCUUACUUCCAGGAACUUUGGGUCUGCUAUUUUAUUUUAUUUCGAUUUUAAGGACCUGUUGGGAAUAAUCAAAGAUAUUUGGAAGACUACGUGCAGUGAGGCGAUGGGGAGACAAUGCUUGGAUCCGCUAAAGACAUUUCCGUCCCCUUGCCUCCAGCGAAUAACACUUCCUCAGUUCAGGCGCGGUGUUGGUGGCGGGGAGGCCGAUCUGCUUUGAUUUCGUUUCAUGUAUUUGUGAAAUGUCGAGAAAUCAUAUUUGUAUCGUAGCUGAUAGGAAUAUAAGCCAUAAUAUAACCAAAAAAAAGAAUUCCGAUUUUACUGUUCAUUAAUGCAGGCUUCGCCCAUAAAUAGGAUGCCACCCGUUCCCCUACAGGCAACGGGAGACUUCCUCAGUAAUGUAUAAUGUGUUUGGAUAUAUCUUUAAGAAACCGGACACUUGUCUAAUACAUACAGCUACCGGCUGGCGCCACAGACCAUGUGAACAAGUUGUGAACAUUUUGAUGUAUAUCCGAGACUGUAAAUGUACAAAUAUUUUUGCCCUCGCGGUCUAUUUUAUAUUUUUAUAUUUUGAAUUUAAAAAUGCAUUUAUGUUGAAAUAAAACAACCAUCAAAUCAGAA